AUGAACUUCGACUCAAUAUCGAACUCUAAUACCACCGGAGACGUUCCAGAUGAAUGGUAUCGCGAUGAGAGUCACGUCGGUUAUUCGUUACUCGGAUUAAAACUGGAAAAACAGAAAAGGGUGGACUCUCUCGACGAGCUUUUACAUAAAAUAGACAGGAGUGAUAGUUGGAGACAGCUCGUAGACAAAAAGCUCGGUUCUGGCAUAUAUCUAUCGGCAAAUGAAGUAAAGUUUAUUCGUAAUUUAUGCACGGGUGUGUUUAUGAAUGAUAUCGAUGUAAAUACGCAAAUACAUACAUCUAAAGUCGAAAUUGGUCGGGCUAACGAGCCUAAACGCCGCUUUCUAGCUUCAAAAUGGGAAUCCAAACGUGUCAUUAAUAUUUUGAGAUCUAUUCGUAAAAGAAAACCUGAGUUAUCAAGGCUGCACCAGAUAGCUCCUAAGCUAGGAUUACUUUGGAAUGGCAUUGAACAUUCAGUACAUUCAGAAAGAGGAGCACUUAGAGCUCCCCGUGUCAAACUUGGGGGUCAUGAAGAUUCAUACAAUGCACCUCUUGAAUACCUUGGCAAUACAGGUGAUAUAUCUAAUUUAGGUACACUGCGCUGUGUACCCGUGUUCAAACACUUCCUCAACGAGCAGUUUGGUAGAUGCCUGGAUCUUUAUAUGUGCCCUAGGGCUAAAAGGUCAAAAAUGGAUAUGAAUGUAUCUGACUUACUACAAGACUUUCAGACACACGAUGUGAAGCCUCUCUUCCCUUCAAAGCUUAUGAUGAAGUUUGCUGGACAUGAAAAGGCAAUAACAUCAAUGAGUGUACAUCCGUCUGGAAAUUUAUUAGCAUCCUCUGCGUUUGAUAGCACAGUACGAAUCUGGAGCUUAUCUACGGGGAGAUGCCUUCAUAUGAUCAAAACAGUGGCACCAGUGUCUAGUGUGACAUGGUGCCCCCAGAGAGAUAAAUCCUUGAUUUCUUUCCACGUAUUUGAUACUGUGUAUUUUGUAGACUUGAUGGAUGCUUUGAAAUCUCGAUUCAAUGACGGUCCAAUAGAAAUUAAUACCGAAAGAAUGACGGCAAGUUCUUCUAUUGAGCUCCCGAGUAAAGUUCCUUGUGGCUGGUUCGACUUAAAUAAAGGAGUAUACAAUGUUACAAAUCCGUAUUAUCUAACUAAUGCAUCUUGGCACCAUAAGGGUGAUUUCCUUUGCGUAUAUGGAUCAAAUAUAAAUGAGAUAUGUGUCCACCAGAUUUCAAAAAGAACAUCACAAAAAUUAUCCAUAGAAGGGAACAAUAGUAUCUCGAGAAUCAUUUUCCACCCUUGCAAACCAUGCCUUUUGGUCGCUUCUGUGAAGUUCAUUGUAGUAUAUGAUCUCAAAAGUCAGCAAAUUUUACGUAAAUUUGUAUUUGAGUCAACUCGUGUAAACACUUUGGAUGUGCAUCCACAAGGUGACUACAUUUUGGUAGGUUGUGCUAACGGUAAAUUAUAUUGGUACAAUAUUGAGCAGUCGAGUAAUGCAGAACGUACACUAUCUUUCAACUAUGGUGUGAUAUCAGUAGAGUUUCAUAAGACUCAACCAUUUUUCUCUAUUGAAUUGAAUGACUCUUCAGUUCAGAUUUUUAGUUUUUUUGUAGCAGAUUUUUUGUCAAGGGUGGCAAUAAAACCGCUGAAAACAAUCAAAGAUAGUCGCACAAAAGUAUUCUCCGCAUGUCGCAAUUGUGUACUGCAUCCUGCGCAACCGUGGUUGUUUAGUGUAGGAGGUACUUUUGAUGACGAAGUAUUUCUUUUCACUGAAUACUAA